UCCCAUUGAGCUGAACAAUCCUGCCAAGCAUUUCUGUAGAGGCAUGACUGAAGACUGGACAGCAGACAGUGUUGUGGUGGCUGCCCUCGGUCGUCCUUUAGAUCUUGGGAUGUUGUAUGACUGCCGCAGUGACUCAUUUUGUUCAGAUGUCAGUCUUUGGGAUAACAGUACAAUAGCCUUCAUGCGUCAGUCUCUACCUCGGCCUCUAACAGAGGUGAAGUGUAUUGAAGGAGACUCCUUACAGGACAGAUUCAGGGCUCUGGAUGUGACCACUCCUCUCAGAGCCAGUGUCCUGUCUGGACUGGUGGAGGUUGGUGGUGCUGCUGGAUACCUGAAACAUCCUGUUCAGUCCACACUGCAGGACCGGGUCACUCUACAUUACAGAACCACUACCAGACUGGACAUGCUCAGUCACAGCGUGCUUCAGGAGGAGACAGACAGAACACAACAAAAGGCAACUCAUGUGGUCAUGGCUGUUCUCUAUGGAGCUCAAGCAUUCUUUAUCUUUGAUUACAAACACAUCAGCGGACAACACAGUGGUGCAGGAGAGGCAGAUAUGCACAGUGUUGUGAAGAAGAUGAUGCCCACCUUCAGUGCAGGUCAGAUCUUUUCCAGCUUGAGUGACACUGAGAAACUGAACAGUUUGUUGUAUCGGUGUAAUCUCUACAGUGAUGUAGACUAUGUCAAUGGCUCCAUGACGUAUGACAGAGCUCUGCAAGUCUAUGAAACUCUCCCGAAGCACCUUGGACAGCAAGGAGAGAAAGCAGUGCCUCUGUACGCUUGGCUCUAUCCUGUGAAGAAUCUGGGACUUUCAGUUGAAACCACGCGCCUAUUUUUCACCAAGGCAGAGGGAGUGCUGGACCAUCUGAGGCAGGCCACCAUGAGAUGCCAGGAGAUGAGGACAGACUUCACCAAUGGUUGUGUGAUGAAAUGGUUUCCUGAUCUGACGUAUAAACUGUCUAGAUUAUCAGAGCUUCUGCAGAAGUACCAGUCAGAGUUUAAGAGAAAGCUGUCCAUGGCAGUAAAGACCAUGAGAGAGAGUGAAGGGGUGGAUGAAAACCGACUGAGAGACAUUCUCCAGAACCAUGACCAGUCUCCGUUCUGUCCUCAGUCUAUACAGCUGUGGCUAAACAACAAGGCAGCAGAGGUGAAGGCUCUGAAUGACUGUAAAACAAGAAACAUCCCCAUAAUGAUAUCUCAGGAAGAGCUGGACGGUGUCCUCAGAUCCUCAAAGGACAGGCUGCUGUGUUUCACUCUGACCUCCCUGGAGGAUGAAGAUCCAUUCCUCUCCACCAUGAAGCAGCACAAACACUCUCUCCAAGAGAACACUGUGAACCAAACUGAUCUCACUGGACAGCAGGAGACACACUCUGUUCCAAUGGACACCGUGAACCAAUCUGAUCUCACUGGACAACAGGAGACACACUCUGUACAAGAGAACAUCAUGAACCAAUCUGAUCUCACUGGACAGCAGGAGACAAAGCGACCAUUCAAACCUCCAGAUUUAACUCAGAAAAUACAGUCUGACCUUUGCUUGUUCACCAAAUCCUAUGAAGACAGCGGAGAUGGAGAGAGCAUCAAGUUCAUAGCAGCAGUUAUACCAGAUAUCAGUGUUCCUGGAUCCUCCAUUCGUCUGUAUCAACAAGGCAGUCUCAUCACCACCAACUUCCAGCUGGGAUUAGAACCUGAUCCAUUCCAGGUAGCAGAGACAAAACAGAGCUGUGUCCUCCUGAAGUUUCCACAGUCAACCAUCAGAAGACCUGAGAGGUACAGAGUAGAGUACAGAGUCAUGACUACUGGUGUUAGCAAGGUUAGCAAACGGCCAUGGAAUGUAGUAGACACCCUGGCUCCUGCAGAAACCUGUCUGGUGCCACGUUUGAAACCGUUCGCACUGUACCAGAUCAGGUACUCUGUUAUAGAACACUCUGGUAUGAGUGACUUCAGCAAGGUCAUCGAGGUCAUGACCCUGAGAUCCCCACCUGAACAGCUGUUCGUGAAUCGUCUAGACAAGGAAACCGUCAAAGUGACUUGGCUCCAGCCUGAGUGUGAUGAUGGUGCCUCUGUACUCCACUACAAAGUAGACUAUAAAGAGUCAGGACUGGAGGGCUGGUCUACCAUGGUAACAGAGGGACCUGAAUGUCAAUGCAUCAUAACUCUGAACCUCAGUACCUGCUACAGAGUCAGAGUGUCAGCUGUCUAUGGAGAAGGAGACACCAGUGAACCCAGCAGAGAGACAGAUGUCCCAGUCUAUGGUGAGCUACAUCAAGUCAAUCUAACUUGA